AUGAUCAUCAAACAAUUGGGGUGGGGUGUCGCCGGCGAAUUGGAGGUUGAUGGGCAGAUGGGCGGAUGGGCGGAUGGCGAGACAUUGGUCCAGAAUCAAUCGGAUGUGAUUAACCCUCUCUUUCCUGGCCAGCUUCGAAAGACCUUGCGGCAGAGAGUCGAGGUUUUUGAGGCCAACGAUUCGACGAUCCGGUUGAAAACUGAUAACAAUUCUGCAGGAAGUGAUAAUCCGGAGGAAUCCUUGCUCCAGUGGAUUACCAGACCUCGGGUCAUCAACUCGCCAUUUUACUCCAGGUCUCCGCAGUACUAUUUCCGCGCAGCCAGCCGCCAGUUCUUCACGCCAGGCGAAACUCGAGUGAUUCUAGACCCAAGUGGCUUUGUGAGCUUCUACGAUCGUAUCCAAAGCUUGAGCCAGAAGCGGCAAGCUGAAGGGACCAGCGACGGCCCGCGUCAUGCUCACAGAUUGCACGGGAUCAGCUCAAGGGAUGUAGAGAAAAUCAAAGACCGUCUGGUCAAUGUACUCGCCCGUAAGAAUGCGGAGAGAUGGCGGAAAGAAUCUGAUCGCCUGGAUUGGCGGGCAUCGGUCUGCACGAUCACUCAGACGUACAGCAAACCACUCGUCGAACUGGAUUACCUGCUCAAACGGGAUGACCUGAGCGCCAUCGACCGGGCGGCCGAAGUGCGCGGCUUGACUUACGGCAUGAUCAUCCCCUACGUUGAUUUCUCCUCCUGGAAUCUCAGUGAUCCGGCUUGGGUCGACCAGAACAUUAUGAAAUGUGCGAGAGGUUUUACUUCCGGGACGUAUCGUGCCUCAGACCUCACGGAAUCUAUACAAGUCAUCAUUGGCGCUAACGAGGGGAGUUGGGAUCGAUUGUGUAGCACGAUCUUCAGCAUCUUUAUCCAAACCAUCGAAUUGUCUAUUCCGAUCGAUUCACUCAUCACUCCCGAUCCAAGAUUAGAGAGCGAAGCCACCUCGCGGGCCUCGGAAUGGAGACAACAAACCGAAAAGUUGAUGGAGUGGUUGGGCUGGUCAACCUGGGGACGCUGUGACCCACCUUGCAAACCUGAUGUAAGACCUAUUCCAUCCCUCCUCUCCCGUGCGGUAGGCGACCACUACUAA